CUCCUUCAGGACUCUGCAGGUUGUGGGUUGGACUCCAGGAAACUCCCCCGGCUGGUUAUGCAAGGCUAAAGCAGAUGAAAGAUGGCAGACGAGACGGGCCUGCUGCUGGCUGCCGUGUCUCUUCUGUCUGCUCUUCAGAUGGGGUACCUGGCCCGGCGGGUGGGGUGGUCCCGGAUGGCCCACAAGAUUCUGCCUCCCGCCGUCACCGGACCGCCGGAGUUCGAACGGGCUUUCCGAGCGCAUCAGAACUGUGUGGAGUUUUACCCACUCUUCCUGGUGAACUUGUGGACCUCUGGCCUCUUCUUUCACGAGCCAACUGCGGUCGCAGGAGGACUGCUAUAUAUGUUCGCGCGGCACCUUUACUUCAACGGCUACGUCAAGGCCGCCAAGAACAGGUUGCCUGGCUUCUAUCUGACUCUGGCCGUCCUCUUCUCUCUGGCUUCUCUGGCUGUUCUGGGAGUAACGCGUGGAAUCCUGCACGAGUACUUCCACAUUCGUCUCUUCAAGUUUUAAUAGAAACAGAAAAAACAGAAGACGUCAAAUAAUCUGCAAAAACGUCUGAGAAGACAGACCCGCCUCUGUCCUUUAUUCCAUUUACAAGGUUCCUCCAUGUUCCCACAAACCUCUUUGCUUUUUAAAUCUGCUCCUGUUUUGAAGCUGAUCUUCCUCACCUGACGCUCCAGGUGAUCUCAAUAUAAUUUGAUGCAAGUGCUGACUAUUAGAUUUUUUGAAUAAUAAUAAUAAAAAUAAACCUCUCAGGUCUUUUUCAUUUGUUCUAAUUCUAUCUAAAUGUGGACUGAUUGCAUCAUGUUGUUUCUUUAACUGUUUAAAAUGUUUCAGCUCUUUGAUUUUUCUGAAAUAGCGAGGUAAUCAUAACACAUUCUAAUAAUGUUUGCAUUACACAUGUACAAAAAAUAAUUACUAUAAUGGUUCAAAAUUUCUCAGUUUCAAUGUGAAUACGAAAAUAAAGGCAGUUAGUUUUUAUUUCUUU